CCACAAACUCGGCAGCAAACCUGAUGCUCUGGUUCCACCUACCUGGUCAUUGUGUAUCGCUCGCCGCCAUCUACGGAGUACAAGGUUCUUUCCAUGACACCCCCCAGUGUGGAGUUCUAUCCCCGCUUCAACAAAUUUUGGGCCUUAUAAGUAACGAUCGUCAUCCCCUGUCGACCAUCAUGAGUGCUUCUGCUGUCUCGGCAUCCUUUCUUAGCUGUAGUUCUGGAAUUACUGAGAUACAAUCCACCUAGGCGCUAUGUUGGUGUCCUCUUUGACGGUGCUGGCGUUCAUGUCCAGAGCCAAUGCUCUGGUUCGGCAUGAUGACGUGGGCCGAGUGCCUGCUCUGGGCUGGAAUUCGUGGAAUGCGUUCAAUUGCGAAAUCGACGCAGACAAGAUCCUGACGGCCGCCAACGAGGUGAUCGAUCUGGGGCUGAAAAAUCUCGGCUACGAGUACAUCAACAUUGAUGACUGCUGGUCUGUUAAGUCCGGGCGCAACAAGACCACCAAGCGCCUGAUCCCAGAUCCGGAUAAGUUUCCCGACGGGAUUUCUGGUCUGGUUGACCAGAUUCAUGCUCUGGGACUGAAAGUCGGCAUAUACAGCAGUGCCGGUCUCACCACCUGCGCUGGCUAUCCAGCGAGUCUUGGGUACGAGAAGAUCGACGCGCAAACUUUCGCCGAAUGGGGCAUUGACUACCUCAAAUACGACAACUGCGGCGUCCCCACCAACCAAACCGACAAAUAUACCGCCUGCGUUCCCGACAGCACCAACGACGGUUUCUAUCCCAACGGCACCUGUCCAGGGCUGGCAGACGCCGCCCCGGCCAAGUACGACUGGUCGACCUCGACGACAGCGAAGCGCUACCGGGCCAUGCGCGAUGCCCUUCUGAGCGUAAACCACACGAUCCUCUAUUCUCUCUGUGACUGGGGCCAGGCCGACGUGAACACCUGGGGCAACGCAACCGGCAACUCCUGGCGCACGACCGGCGAUAUCACGCCCAACUGGACCCGCAUCGCCGAAAUCGCAAAUGAGAACUCCUUCUACAUGAACUACGCCAACUUCUGGGGCCACCCGGACCCCGACAUGCUCGAAGUCGGCAACGGGAAUCUGACGCUGGCCGAGAACCGCGCCCACUUUGCCCUGUGGGCGGUCAUGAAGAGUCCUUUGAUUAUCGGUACUGCUCUCGACUCAAUCGACACCGCCCACCUCGCCAUCCUCAGCAACAAAGACCUCCUCGCCUUCCACCAGGAUCCCGUCGUCGGCCGCCCCGCCUACCCCUACAAAUGGGGUUACAACGCCGACUGGACCUUCGACCCCGCCCACCCCGCCGAGUACUGGUCCGGCCCAUCGUCGACCCUCAACGGAACUCUGGUGCUGAUGCUGAACUCGGAGGACCGCACGCAGACGCGCACCGCGUACUGGAAGGAGGUACCCGAGCUGCAGGGGCGGUACCGUCGUGGCACGCACCAGGGGCAGCAGCAGCAGGGGCAGCAGCGCCAUGGGACGGGAUUCCGGGUCCGGGAUGCUUGGACGGGGAAUGAUUUGGGGUGUGUGAGGGAUAAGUAUAGUGUCAAGUUGGCGAGUCAUGAUGCUGCUGUUUUGGUUGUUGGGGAUGUUUGUUGAUUGUGUAGGGCAAGAUUUCUAUUGAAAUUGCUGACGGGUGGAGGAUGGGGAUGUCUAGCGGGUAGUAGUAAAUGUUUGGUCUGUAAAGAGAUAGCCGUCUUUUCCAGCAAAUGGCAGGAAGAGCAUGUCUUAUGGGCUAUGUAUCGUUGCUGUUUCUAUCAAUCGCAAGCAACUAGGUCGUACAAACACAUAUCGUAUUUC